UUGGCAGUCGCAAGGUGGCAGUAUUUGCAGAUGCACGUCACCUUUUGAAACAGAUAAAAUAUACCAACAAGUUAGGUUAAUAACCUGUAAUCGAUUUACAAAACCUGUUAUUUUUAUAUUAAUAUCUGAUUUCUGAUGUGAUUCUCGUUUUAUAACAUUUUAUUUUUAUUGUGCGAGAUAAUGACGCGGGAAAUUCCGGUGGUUUUUUUGUUUUUAUAUUUAUUCGCGCCAACAAAUGGACAAUUUGAAGGUGAUAUCUGCAUGAAGAAUGGAGCUAGAGGUACUUGCAUGGUGUUGGAUAAAUGUCAAUCUGCAGUCAAUGAUAUAAGACAUAGAAUAUCACCUCAGAUAUGUUCUUUUAAAGGCAUGGAUCCUAUAGUCUGUUGUUCCGAUGUAGCGCCGGCGUCGACCGCCGCUCCGCCCGUACUAACAACAUCUACUAAAAAGCCUAAAGUAACCACAGAAUACGUACCCCCAUCUUAUGACUAUGUCUUCAAUGAUCCGUCUCUAGGAGGAGAUGGGGAAUGUGAGGCUAUAUCUGCUAAUCUCACAUCGCCCAGGACUGGACAAAAGGCGUGGGACAAAUGUCUUGAAUAUCAAGAGAAAUUAGUAUAUCCUUGUGUAAAAAGUAACUCAUUAUCUGGUGAGAAGGCACGCACAUAUCGCUGCAACCAUAGAACUGACCAACUUGUUGUUGGUGGAGUGAACGCUGCUGACAAAGAAUUCCCCCAUAUGGCAUUACUAGGGUUCGGGAACGUGAAUUCAAUUCAGUGGCAAUGUGGAGGUUCUGUUAUUAGUGAAAGAUUCAUCUUGACAGCGGGACACUGUACUUCAAGCAGAGAGUUUGGUCCAGUGACAUACGCCUUAGUGGGCAUUCUGAGUAGGACUGAACAUGUGGACGCAUCCCAACGUUACAAGAUAAAAAAUAUUAUAAAACAUCCAGAAUAUAAAGCACCGAAGAGAUAUAAUGACAUCGCGUUACUUGAAACUGAAACUGAAAUGACAUUAAGUGAUAAGGUAGUACCAGCUUGUCUCCACGUAGACACGACCGCACAGGACGAGAAAGCGCUCGCGUCUGGUUGGGGCGCGACACAGAACAGAGGUUCAAGCGCAGAUGUACUACAAAAGGUGAUUUUGAACAAAUUCUCGGAACUAGAAUGUGCUAUGUUAUUCCCACCGACACGUCUUAUGUCUAACGGCUUCAAUGGAAACACGCAAAUAUGUUACGGGGAUAAAGAGAAAUCUAAAGAUACAUGUCAGGGAGAUAGCGGCGGUCCAUUACAAUUGAAGAAUACAAAGAUACAUUGUAUGUAUACAGUUAUUGGGGUGACAUCUUUUGGGAGAGCUUGUGGUUUUGUUGGUGAACCUGGGAUUUAUACAAAAGUGUCCGCAUACGUACCCUGGAUUGAAAGUAUUAUAUGGCCUUAAUAUUCUAGAUUAAAUUUACGUUUAGUCUGUCUAUUUAAGAUAGAUUAGUUUGAUAAUUUACUAGAGAUGGAUUGAGGAAAAUCGAUUUAUAAAAAAAACGGAUUUUGAUGGUUCUCAUCGUAGAGUUAGUUCCAAAA